AUGUCUUUGUCCCGUCUGAACAGAGCUCUCCCUCAACAGGUCUUAGCUCUUCGCUUUGCCCACAUCUACAAACCAGCUUCCAAACAACUCCAAGUCCCAGCCGGUACUCAAGGUUUCUUCCGGUAUGAAAGAGAUGUCUCCAGAGAUAAAAGAUACUCCAACCCUCAGAAGCCUGGUGAUACUCCAGCCAGGUAUAAAUGGUCUUAAAAUAUCUAAUGUUAUUUAGGUUCAUGCUGAGAAAACUUGGACAUGCCUAUGAACUCUACCCCCUGUUUAUUUUGGUCGGGGCUUGGUUCGUUGUUUUCUGCUACACGGUGUACAUCUCUUUUGAAAAGAUCGAAAUCUGGCUGGACAGAAGUCAGUAAAAACGUUAUUUUAACCUAACUAAACUUGAACUUUAGGCCAGGACAAGGCUCCUUGGGAUUGGGAAAGAAUCCGCACAAACUACUGGAAGAAACCAACCUUGGUGUUUGACAAGGAGGGGGUGACCCACCAGCGUAUCGAGCUCAUGGAGAAGCUUCAGGACGAGAUGGUCAACGCUGCCAAACAAAGAGGAACCCGUUAA